AUGGAUCACUCUAUGAGCUCCCAGGCCACAGAACUCAACAUGGCUCCAUCCAUGGCGUCACAACCAAAACAACAACAGCAACAACAAAAACAUCAACAGCAGCAGCAACAACAACAGCAUAAUCAACAACAGCGACACCAGAUACAGCCUAGUGGCCAACAGGAGCCCAUGCAGCACCUGAAGGAUCAGCUGGAGUAGCAGACACGCUUGACCAAGGCCAACAUCCAGUGCCAGCAGGACGAGCUGUUGCAGAUCCAAGACGAGCUACAGAAAGUGCAGGGCCAGAACAUCCAGAUGGGGCAGUUCCUGUUGCAGGGACCAGGGGGACAUCUGGGCGGCGUACAGAUCAUCCGGGGCGGCUCCGUACAGGCAAGCAGCGCUCUAAGCCUGCAGGGCCAGAUGGUGUCUACAGCGAGCCUACAGAGCAGCAUACAGUCGCAACACGCCAUCCAAUAGCAGGCCCAGCCCCAGCAAAGCCUCAUGCGAGAGCAGAACACAGCUCCCCGCAGGUCAGACACAACGUUGCAGCCUCAGCAAAUCGCACUGCAUCCCGCUUCACUGUACAACACCAUGAUGAUCGCCCAGCAGGGUGCGAGCCAUCUGGUCCAGUUGACCACCAGCCUGUCCCAGAACACCGGUUCCAGCGCUACCACCUCCUUCCCCGAUGAGCGAUCGGGCCAGAUGAGGUUCCCGGCGGGCCAGCAGCUCCUCACAAAGCUGUUGACGGGCCAGGUGGCAUGCGGCCUGUUGAUGCUGCCCACCAACAUGUUCAUGGGUCAGCUGGUGACAGCCUUCGCUCCCCAGCAGGGCCAGGCACACACCAGUAUCUCCCAGCAGCGGACGGCGCAGAAGCAUUAGGGUCAGCCGCACCAGAGCACGGCACUGCAGCCCACGCAGGCCCAUAUGGCCGCGCAGCAGACCCCGUUCCUCCAGGCUCCCCGGCUGCUCCACGGCAAUCACUGAAAGCAAUUCAUCAUGCAGUCAGCCUUCCCGCUGCAGCAGCAGGGUGCGUUCGCUGCCGCUCUGCAGCAACAACAGCAACAACAACAACAACAACAGCAGCAACAGCAGCACCAACAGCAGCAGCAACAGCAGCAACAACAGCAAAGGCAGUUACAUCAGCAACAGCAACUACAGCUAGAGCAGUUACAACAACAGCAGCUACAACAACUGCAACAGUUAAAAGAGCAACAGCAGCAACAACAGCAACAGCAUCGACAUCAUGGGCCCUCCCACAGGGCUGGCAGUCUGUCGGAGAGAUCCGCCAUGCAUUAACCGGGGAACAAGGAUAAAAAAUCCCUAGGUUGUUGCCGGUAAGGAUUCUGGUAAGGAUUAUUUUGGGGUUCGGACGUUCAGCAUUGAGAAGCAAAAAGGCAACAGAAGGGAAAUUGAGUAGCAGAACUUUUGUAGGUUUUCUACCAAGAUGCUUUGCUGCGUGACCUUUACUCUAGAGAUCCCUGGGGCUCAGCCUUCUGAAUGAGCUGCACAGGGCGGCUGAGAGAGGGUAUGCGACUAUGCCUCAAUACUCUCUCCGUAGAGGGGUCUUGUUUCCAUGGCAACAGGUGGCCGGACUCCCAGACUGAUGGACAGACCGCACCACCAAUACCACCAUCUUUCCUUGUUGUGGGUUUGUGCACGCUUGCUCCAGUGAACCUCUCAGAAUGAAAUGUGGCAUCAUGGCAGCGGCUCACAGCAGGCCUGUUGUUUGAUCCAUGGCACAUUCUCAAUAAGACUAUUUUUAAGAAUGUCAUAAAGUUGACUUACAAGACAAUACAUUUACAAUAUUUUAGAUUUCUAUACCAAAGAGGCUACACUGAUGAUUAUUCUGAAUUAGGAUGUAAUGAAGUCAAUUCAGCAAACUGCCAAGUAAGGUGACGUUUAUACUGGAGAUGGACCGACUACCUGAUCUGGCAGCAGGCCUUUCAUUGGCCCUUUUUACAUUAUUUGAUGAUUAGUAUAUCUCAGUUUGAUAUAUUGCCUUCAGGGCAAAAAACUAUAUAUUUUAUUUUUGAAAGCUAUUCAGAGAAUGGCCCAGUUUUCAUGCUGAGCAUGAAGCAAUAGAUUGAGGGUGUCCAUAUUAUAUUGUUGGUAUACUGGGCUUAAAGAUGUCCAACCACAGGAAUCGGAUACAACCUUUCAGUCCUUUGUGUCCAGAUAAGCAAUAAGACACCAUGCCCAAUCAGUUUUUUAAAAGGUUGUCUGUAAGGAGUAAUGUACUAUAGGUUAAUAAUUGACAAAGUUAAAUGUUUAUUUCAUAGAUUGACAUUUCAUUCUCCUUCUGAUUUUGUUUUUGCGGGAGCCAAUCACCAAGAUGGCCAGUGGGAAGACAGCGGAAAGAAAAAGAAGGCAAUGCAAAAGCUAUGCUUCCCAUUUUGCUAUUAUUGCAAACACAAACCAAACAUCAAUAAGAAACAUCAGAAUGGAAACAUGAUGAAAAGCACAAUGCUAAACUAUUUUUUAAACAAUAACAAGCCCAAAAUAGGAUAUUAACAUACAAAUAUUUAUGAUAUAUAAAAAAUAUAUUAUCUACAUUGUAUUUCUAUUAUCGUGAAUAAGUUUGUUCCAAGAAUAAAAUCCCACGAACUACCUGCUUACCACAUACCAUUGCUUAACACGUGUUGAAUAACCCUGUUUUAGAGCAUCCUUAAUUUCCCCAAACUUAUUAAGGUUUUUUUUAGUUUUUCUAAGAGAAAUGGCUCCUCCUGCUGGUCAGCUAGCUUUGGCAUAACUCAACAUAUACAGAGAAGUAUCUAAAACAAUAACACAUAAUGCCACUUAACAAUCCGUGUAUGGUUCGUUCUUUGAAUAUUCCGAUUUAAAACAAAAUCAGAAAAAACAAUUAACAGUCGUUUUUUGUUUUUUCUGAUUUGGUUUUGAAGCCGAAAAAAGGCAAAAGGAAUAUACAAAUAAACAGUAUUUUUCUGUUUUUAAAAUCAAAACGGGAAAACUGAAUAAUCCAGUUGCUUGUUUUGUUUGCGUGAUAUUUAGAUAAAACCGCAAUGAAUGCCGGGAAAAGGGCUCGCGGAUUAAAAAAAGAUACAUAUAAAGACGUUUCAAACGUUCCAUCGAGUCUCUCGCAUUCUACAAUGGCCAGCUUUAUUGUUUUCCUUUGGAGCAUGUGACUUAGUCUGCGAGUGGACGAUCUGAAACUAAAUCGGAAACUAGAUUUCUUCUUCGAAGGUUGUGCUCCACACAGAACCUCCUCACCAUCAUAACGGAGCACUUCGGGGCACCAGAUUGCUUUAGAGCGGUACUGAUCGCGUCGUGUGUCUUUCCAGUGUCAAAUAGUUCACGAAUAAAUCACCAUACGGUUCAAGUGCGGCCAUAACUAAGGCUAAAUAUAAUUAGACAGUGUAUUGAUGGUUUAAGUGGUUGGCUCUUUUUUCUUUGCUGCGUUCUGCCUUCUGGUGUUGCCUAUAACUCUAAAUGUAUCUAUUCUUGUUUUUCUGUUUCGGGUUUAAAAAACCAUCACACAAAACACAAACACAAAUAAAAUGCUGUUUAUUUGUUUAUUCCUUUUGCCCUUUUUCCGAUUAAAAAACAAAUCCGA